AUGGGCACUCCGCUAGCGUCGAGCGGGGAAUUGCCUCUUGCCGAUGCGAACGGGGGUGGAGUUGCUGGCGCCGCGGCUCUCCCUCCCACCCUCCUCAUGCCCUCGAACAUUGUGUGCAUCCGCCGCACGAACACAUGCUGGAGUAGAGGGAGAAGACGCAUCAUGCUUCAUAUCACGCUCUCCCUCACGCUUCACCCCACGCUCCCCCACACGCUUCACAUCACGGUCUCCCUCACGCUUCACAUCCCGCUCUCCCUCAUGCUCUCCCUCUCGCUCUCCCUCACGCUUCACAUCACGCUCUCCCUCACGCUCUCCCUCACGCUCUCCCUCACGCUCAGCCUCACGCUCUCCCUCCCGCCUGCCCUCACGCCUGCCUUCACGCCUGCCCUCAAGCCCUCCCUCACGCCUGCCCUCACGCUCUCCAUCACGCUCAUCCCCACGCUUAUGCCCUUUCUCUGGCAGUUGCUCCUUGUCAUCUACAUCUUGCACGAUUCCUGUUGCACCAGCCGCGUAUUGUCUUUCUUUCUUAUUUUUAUUGGCUCCAGCGAGGCCUACUCUCCUACCCCCUUACCCAUCCGCGCAUCCCACGCCUGUCCAUGCACCGCCGUCCCUCCCACUCCCUUAUCCAUGCGCACAUCGCGCGCGUGUUCAUGCUCCACUGUCCCUCCCACUCCCCAUUACCAUUCGCGCAUCCCACGCCUGUCCAUGCAUAGCCGUCUUUCCCACUCCCUACUCAUCCGCGCAUCCCACGCCUGUCCAUGCAUAGCCUACCCUCCUACCCCCUUACCCAUCCGCGCAUCCCACGCCUGUCCAUGCACCGCCGUCCCUCCCACUCCCUUACCCAUGCGCACAUCGCGCGCCUGUCCAUGCUCCACUGUCCCUCCCACUCCCCAUUCCCAUUCGCGCAUCCUACGCCUGUCCAUGCAUAGCCGUCUUUCCCACUCCCUACUCAUCCGCGCAUCCCACGCCUGUCCAUGCAUAGCCUACUCUCCUACCUCCUUACCCAUACGCGCAUUUCACACCUGUCCAUGCACCGCCGUCCCUCCCACUCCCUUACCCAUCCGCGCAUUUUACGCCUGUCCAUGCACCGCCGUCCCUCCCACUCCCUUACCCAUCCGCGCAUCGCGCGCCUAUCCAUGCUCCACCAUCCCUCCCACUCCCUAUUCCCAUUCGCGCAUCCCACGCCCGUCCAUGCACAACCGGCGCUUCAUGACGUUUGUCAUCAAACAUCUGCGCAUUGGGACGUACAUGUAG